GGAUUCCUGAAGAAUGAAAAAGAUAAUGCAUUGCUAUCAGCUAUUGAAGAGUCUAGGAAGAGGACAUUUGCUAUGGCUGAGGAGUAUCACCGAGAAUCAAUGCUGGUUGAAUGGGAACAGGUGAAACAAAGGAUUCUGCAUACUCUGCUUGCAUCAGGGGAAGAUGCUCUUGAUUUCACCCAGGAAAAUGAGCCUAGCUACGUUGGUGAGUUGGGCCCUCCAGGUCGCAGCUCGUUGGACAAUGUGGAGAUGGCGUAUGCUCGGCAGAUUUAUGUUUAUAAUGAGAAGAUAGUGAAUGGACAUCUGCAGCCUAACCUGGUGGACCUUUGUGCUGCUGUUGCAGAACUGGAUGAUAAGAACAUCUCUGAGAUGUGGGCCAUGGUGAAACAAAUGACUGAUGUCACUCUGGUUCCUGCUAGCGAUGCCUUGAAAGUCCGGACCAACAUGGAGGUGCUUAUGGAGUUCGUGAGGCAGGCUCUGCACUACCUAGAACAAAGUUACAAAAAUUACACCUUUGUGACAGUCUUUGGAAACUUGCACCAGGCUCAGCUGGGUGGAGUCCCAGGGACCUACCAACUAGUCCGCAGCUUCUUGAACAUCAAACUCCCUGCGCCUGUCCCUGGUCUCCAGGAUGGUGAGGUGGAAGGCCAUCCUGUCUGGGCACUGAUUUACUACUGCAUGCGCUGUGGAGAUUUGACUGCAGCCAUGCAUGUGGUGAAACGGGCACAGCACCAGCUGGGAGAGUUUAAAACCUGGUUCCAGGAGUACAUGCACAGUAAAGAUAAAAGACUGUCUCCUGCCACAGAAAAUAAACUGCGUCUUCAUUACAGACGAGCUCUGAGAAAUAAUACUGACCCGUACAAAAGGGCUGUUUAUUGCAUUAUUGGCCGUUGUGACAUUACAGAUAACCAGAGUGAAGUUGCUGAUAAAACAGAAGAUUAUCUUUGGCUGAAACUGAACCAAGUGUGUUUUGAUGACAAUGGUGCAAGUUCUCCACAAGACCGACUAACUUUAUCACAGUUCCAGAAGCAGCUGCUAGAAGACUAUGGUGAAUCACAUUUUGCAAUGAGCCAGCAGCCUUUCCUCUACUUCCAAGUGUUGUUCUUGACAGCGCAGUUCGAAGCUGCAAUUGCUUUUCUCUUCCGGACAGAGCGCUUGCGUUGUCAUGCUGUUCAUGUUGCAUUGGUCCUGUUUGAGUUAAAACUGCUCCUGAAAUCUUCUGGGCAGAGUGCACAGCUAUUAAGCCAUGAAGCUGGUGACCCUCCUGGUGUCAGGCGUCUGAAUUUUGUGCGGCUUUUGAUGCUUUACACCCGUAAAUUUGAAUCAACAGAUCCAAGGGAAGCUCUGCAGUAUUUUUACUUUCUCAGGAAUGAGAAGGACAGCCAAGGAGAGAAUAUGUUCUUGCGUUGCGUUAGUGAACUAGUAAUUGAAAGCAGAGAGUUUGAUAUGAUUCUUGGAAAGCUGGAAAACGAUGGUAGUAGGAAGCCUGGAGUGAUAGACAAGUUUACAAGUGACACAAAACCCAUUAUUAACAAAGUGGCUUCUGCAGCAGAAAAUAAAGGAUUGUUUGAAGAAGCUGCAAAACUUUAUGACCUUGCGAAGAACCCUGACAAAGUUUUAGAACUGAUGAACAAGCUCCUCAGUCCUGUCGUUCCCCAGAUCGGCACUCCCCAGUCGAACAAAGAGCGAAUAAAAAUAAACCAAGCACACUCAAUUUCUUUCAGGUACAAAGCUCAGGGGAUAAGUGCAAAGAAAUCCGUUGACUCCACGUUCUACCUUCUGCUAGACUUAAUCACGUUUUUUGAUGAAUAUCACGCUGGUCACAUUGACAGGGCCUUUGAUAUUAUUGAACGCCUAAAGCUUGUACCUCUUAGCCAAGAUUGUGUAGAGGAGAGAGUUGCUGCCUUCCGGAAUUUCAGCGAUGAAAUCAGGCACAAUUUAUCUGAGGUCCUGCUUGCAACCAUGAAUAUUUUAUUCACCCAAUAUAAGAGGAUGAAAGGCACAAGCCCAGCCACUCCUGCCAGACCCCAGAGGGUAAUGGAAGACAGAGAUUCGCAACUUCGAUCUCAAGCUCGUGCACUGAUAACGUUUGCUGGAAUGAUCCCUUACAGAACAUCGGGAGACACGAAUGCAAGACUGGUUCAAAUGGAGGUCCUUAUGAAUUAGCAGAGAAGCUUUCGCUUAGGGUUGUAGCAACCUGUGCCUGUCUUUAGUAUGUUCAGAGGGUGGGACCAGUAUUGUUUUGUAUUCUGUAUUUUUGUUGAUGGAAAUAAAUUUCUUUGAUUUCUA